AUUUCACCCACGCUCGUUAAUUACCGACCGCCCCAUCCCCUAUCACGCAAGAUAUCGAAGAAUCCCAAGCCAAAAUGUCUGGGUUCAAUGACAUGAUAGCUGCCCUUACAGCCCUAGAAUCGACCGCACAAGGAGAAGUCCAAGUCUCCGCCCUUAGAGGCGGCGAAUUCACCCUCCCCAAGCGGUUCUUCGUUGCGGGGGUAUCCGAGAACGAAACAGCACUUGUCCCGUCACUCUCUUUCCUCGUGGUGCAGCAGCUAGUCGACGGGGGUCGCCGACACAUCCUCUUCGAUUUGGGCUUGAGACGAAAUAUUGAGCGUUACUCGACGCCAAUACAGAGCCACACGAAGAACCGGCAGCCGAUGACUUUACUGCCGGAUGUUCGCCAGAGCUUGAUCGAUGGAGGCUUUGAUGCGGCAGCUAUCGAUGAGGUCAUUCUCAGCCACGUUCACUGGGACCAUAUUGGGACUCCCUCUGACUUUCCCAAUGCUCGUUUUCGAGUUGGUGAAGGAUCGCUCGAAUUGCUGAGCAAGGGAAUGAAUGGUCACAUGUCUCAUUCCAAUUUCCAAGCUGAUCUUUUCGAUGGCCUCAGGGUUGAAGAGAUUACGAGCCCGAGGGGAAACGAAGAAGACACAGGGUCCGCAAAGAGAUGGAAAAACUUGGGAAGGUUGAGAUUGCUGGAAAUCGGGGAGAACGACAGUGGCUCUUUAUAUGUUGUCGAUUUGCCGGGUCACUUGCCUGGUCAUCUUGGUCUUCUGGCAAGAGUAGGACCUCAGUCCUGGGUUUUGCUCAUCGGAGAUGCUUGUCACGACGCUCGUCUAUUGACAGGCGAGAUGCGGAUAGCUGAGUGGGAGGAUGGUGAGGGUCGAGCUUGUUGUAUCCAUGUGAACAAAGAAGAGGCUACAGAGACGCUGAGCAGCAUUUCAAUGUUGAAGAAAGCCUCGAUGCAAAGCGGUCUCGUAUUGCGGGUCAUUUUUGCUCAUGAUGCAGCUUGGGCAAAGAGUCACCAAGAAGCCUUUUUCCCAAGCAAGAUCGAUUGUACCCCCAGACACAGAUGAUAGAAUAGGUAUCAAGAGUUCUACCGCAAAUUGCCUUUUUUAGAAGUUGUCAAUGAUCAUGAA